UUGAGUAAACAUAAUUGUCUAAUUUACAAAUCUUUGGCAUACAAGAAAGUAUAUCUGAAAUAUUUUUUAGAUCCAUUAUAUAUGAGAUUCUACUUCAGACUAGUGUGACACUGCUACAUACAAACGUUGAAUAUUUUUUCACCAUGGAAACUGGCCCUUUUUGGAAGCUUUUGGUGAUAGGGAUUAUUUUUAUUACGUGCACAAACUGUCAAGAUUCAAAUGUCACAACUCCAAUAAGACUAGUUAACGGCGUAACGCAAUCAGAGGGUCGUGUGGAAGUGUUUUACAAUGGAACAUGGGGUACGGUCUGUGCUAGUUAUGCUAGUUAUGCAAACAGAAACUUUGCCAAGGUCGUGUGUCGACAGCUCGGAUAUAACACUGACAAUGUGGCAGUACGUGGGGCUGCCUUUUUCGGUCCUGGUAGUGACCAGAUUUGGCUCGAAGGUUUUACUUGCCAAGGAAAUGAGAGCGUGAUCGACGCGUGUAUGUUCUGGAAACCAUGGGGAUAUCACUACUGCGGACAUCAUGAGGAUAUUGGAGUUACAUGUUCAGUUGUCGCAAAUCCUGUACGACUACGUAACGGUACAACGAAAUCCGAGGGUCGGGUGGAAGUAUUUUACAAUGGAACGUGGGGGACGGUCUGUAAUUCAAUAACCAGUAACUUUGCCAUUGUUGUGUGUCGACAGCUGGGAUAUGAUACUGACUUGAUGGAUCUACGUGGCUAUUACGGUACAGUCCAUUACGCUGCAAUCUAUUUCGGUGCAGGUACGGGCCAGAUUUGGUUGGACGAUAUUUUCUGUGAAGGAGACGAGGCUUCGAUCAACGAGUGUACUUUGAAACCAUGGGGACAGAACACCUGCGAGCAUAAUAAAGAUAUCGGAGUUAUAUGUCCAAGUGCUAUUAGACUACGUAACGGCACAAGGCGAUCAGAGGGUCGUGUGGAAGUAUUUCACAAUGGAACGUGGGGAACGGUCUGUGCUGAUGGUACAGACACAAACUUUUCAAAGGUCGUGUGUCGACAGCUCGGAUAUGCUACUGACAAUUUGACGAUACGUACAGGUGAAUUUUUCGGUGCAGGUAGUGACCCGAUUUGGCUAGAAGAUGUUACAUGUCAAGGAGACGAGGAUGCGGUUGUCGAGUGUAUGUUCAAUCAAUGGGGACAGCACAAAUGCCAACAUGAUGCAAAUGUCGGAGUUAUAUGUAGUCCUAGUGCUAUUAGACUACGUAACGGUACAACCCAAUUGGACGGUCGUUUGGAAGUAUUUCACCAUGGAAUAUGGGGUACGGUCUGUGAUGACGGUGUAAACAUAAACUUGGCCAAGGUCGUAUGUCGACAGCUCGGAUAUGUUUAUGACAAUGUGGCAGUACUUACGCAUGCCGCUUACGGUGCAGGUAGUAACCGGAUUUGGAUGGACGACGUUAUUUGUCAAGGAGAUGAGGAUGCGAUCGACGCGUGUUUGUUUAACCCAUGGGGCCAUCACAACUGCAGACAUUAUGAAGAUGUCGGAGUUACAUGUACGGGUUCUAUUAGACUACGUAAUGGCACAACGCAGUCAGAGGGUCGUGUGGAAGUAGUUCACAAUGGAAGGUGGGCUACGGUCUGUGAUCAUGGUACCGACAUAAACUUUGCCAAUGUCGUGUGUCGACAGUUGGGAUAUGAUACUGAUAAUGUGACUGUACGUACGGGUGCCUAUUUUGGUGCAGGUAGUGGUCCCAUUUUGUCUUACAAUGCAACUUGUCAAGGCGAAGAAGCUGUGAUAGACGAUUGUAUGUUCAUACCAUGGGGACCGCACAACUACAGCCAUAAUUAUGAUGUCGGAGUAACAUGUACACCAAGUGCUAUUAGACUACGGAACGGCACAACGCAGUCAGAGGGUCGUGUUGAAGUAUUUCACAAUGGAAUGUGGGGUACGGUCUGUGGUGAUGGAACAGACAUAAACUUUGCCAAAGUCGUUUGUCGACAACUGGGAUAUGCUACUGACAAUAUGGCAGUACGUUCGGGUGCCUAUUUCGGUGCAGGUAGUGACCCGAUUUGGCUGGAUGAUGCCACUUGUCAAGGAGAAGAGGCUGUGAUUGACGCGUGUAUGUUCAAUGCAUGGAACCAUCAUAACUGCGGACAUGAUGAUGAUGUCGGGGUUACAUGCAAUGUUACCUGCUCUGUACCGGAAGAAGAAGACGCUUCUAAAGAUUUGGGGGCAACAAUUGUUUACAACACCUCCGUUACAUACACUUGUGCAAGUGGCCACAAUCAUACGGAUGGCAAUUUAGUAAGAAAAUGUCAAGCUGACGGGCAAUUGGAUGGUUCUUCCCCAAAUUGUACUCGAGGGACCUGCUCUGUACCAAACGUUGUAGACACUUCAAAAGAUAUGGGCGCAACGAUUGUUUACAACACGGCCGUCACGUACACAUGUGCAAAGGGCCACGGCCAUACGGAUGGCAAUUUAGUAAGAAGAUGUCAAGCUGACGGCCAAUUGGAUGGUUCUUCUCCUUCUUGUACUCGAGUGCCGAAUAAAUUCUGCAAGGAGGAUGUGGAUGACGAUGGAACGUUCUGGAACUACACGGAGGGCGAUACCAAGCUCAACCUUGACUGUCCACAUGGAUACACAGGGUUAGUGACGCGAUACUGCAGGAAAGACGGAGUGUUUCUCUUGCCCUACUAUGACUGCACACUGGUCAUCCUCAAUGAUCUCACGAAACAGCUGACUAACGGUAAUAUAGACGGGGCCGCGGUUCUAGCUGUGUUGACGUCCGACGUAGCGGAUAGGAGCCACACGUUUUUUAUCGGGGAUUUGCUACAGACACAAUUCAUACUGGAGGCUGUCGUUUCUGAAAACUCCACGUUCACCAAGGACAGCAUCGAGGACUUUUUGGAGACGGCAAGCUUUCUCAUUGACGACAAAUUGAACGGAGAGCAGUGGCAAAGCCGCAUACAGAACAACAACACAGGUGCAGACUCGCUGCUGUCAGUGAUGGACGAUUUUGCUGUACGCCUCUCCAACUCCCUCGCGUCAUCCAACGUCACCCAGCUCACCGUCACAAAACCAUACAUUGUUUUGACAUACUCGAGGGUGAAUACUACUGAUGAGAACAGCCCCCCGCUACAAUUUCCAAGCAGCAAGAGUCGGAACGCCCUCGGGGACGAGUGGCAGACUGAAUCAUCAACUUUCGUCAAUAUUAGCAUGAAGGCGCUCAGAGGUGGGAACGUUUCCGCGUUUGUUGGCUUGAUUUACAAGAACCUUUCAAGAGCUAUUCACAUUCAGCUGCACCAAGCAGAAAACGGCACAAAAAUCACCAUCGGCUCUCAAGUGUUGUCCUUGCAUUUGCUCCCAAGGGCACCUGUAAAGCUAGACCCCGAAAUCCAGCUCAACUUCCAAACAUUCCAGAGCUUGUCGAAUUACAGCAAAUUCUGCGCGUUUUGGAACAUCACAACUAAAAUAUGGUCAACAUCUGGUUGUCACGUGGUGUCUUCGAACGCCAGCCAGGUCCAGUGUGCGUGUAAUCACCUCACCAACUUCGCUUUGUUGAUAAGCCCAUACAAAUCUAAAAGUGAGUUGGUGCAGAAGAUUUCAAUGGUCAUCACGUACAUUGGUAGCGGUCUCUCAAUCCUGGCCCUCAUCGUGACCAUCGCCUUGCAUGCCUUCUACUGGAAGAUACUGCGCAGUGAACGGGAGUCUCUCACCAUGUGUCUGUGUGUUGUGUUGCUACUGGCCAACAUUCUCUUUCUCGCCGGCAUCGGACAAACAGAAAACCAGACCGUUUGUCGUUGGAUCGCCGUUUCCCUGCACGUUGUGUUCCUGACCGUCUUCUUCACCAUGCUUUCCGUCGGGCUCAACGUGUAUGUUGCCGUCGCCGUUGUCUUCAAGAGUGGCAAAAACAAACUUGUCGUGUUCUUCUUCUUGGCUUUUGGGCCACCAAUAGCUGUCGUGCUUACUGCUGCCAGCAUUUCCAAGCUUGAGGGAUAUGGCACGAAAGCAAGUUGUUGGCUGGAUGUUGAUCACUGGAUGUUUUGGACAUUUGCGGGACCAGCUGCCUUUGUUAUCUUGGUCAAUGGUAUAAUCAUAUUGGUUGUAUUGGUAAAGAUAUGCAACACGCAGGCCGCAAAGAACAAAGAAACUCUUGACAGAAUUAAAAUGACGAUUACGGCACUGUCAGUGCUGUUACCAAUGAUGGGCAUCGGCUGGGUCUUUGGUUUCUUUGCUGUGAACAAAAAAACUCAGUGGUUUCAAAUUGUGUUUUGUAUUUUUAACGCGUCACAGGGUGUGUUCAUUUUCAUAUUCCACUGUCUUCUGAAUAAACAGCUGAAACGGGCGAUUCAACGCUCAAGAGAACGAAGGCGAACACUGGAAGAAUUCAACGAUGAACGCAAAAAAAGAACGGGCGUGCAAGACCGUUCCAGAGACAAUACAACAGGAACGUACAUGUCGGAAACGGGAACGCUCGAACGAUCUGAAGCGAAAGAAAAGACGACGUCAGUUAAACCGGAAGAAGUCAGAGUAGAAUUGACGUUGCUGCAUAAACGCGAAAGAAACAAACAAGGAGCCCAUACCGACCGAAAACUAAGAUUGCAGCACACAAAAUCAAUCUUUCAAAUAUCAUAGCAAGUCGGAAGUGACGGAGUUUUCAAACGACUGCAAUCCCGUUAUACCAACAUAGGUUACAAUCGGAAAAUAUAUUUAGGUAACUUCCACAAAUGCAGAUCAAGAUGUCACGAAUGGAGAUAAUUCAAACGAAUUCGCAUAGGACAGUGAACUAUUGGAAGGAUUAAAAAGAAAAUUAUAUCCGUGAUACAUGAUACAUCAAAUAAAUCUAAUACUGAAUAGUAAUAACACAGGCGAAAAGGGUCGAGAACAGAAUGAUUCUGAAUUUGCAGAAACAAAAUCAAUACAGUUAAUUCAAGUUUUACCUUAUAUUUUUACCUUUUAUAUGUUUGUUAGAUCGUAACAAGGACGGCUUAAAGAUUCACUCUUACCCACAAAUAAUACAAUGGUGUUGAUAUACUAAAAGGGAUGAAUAAAUGUCGAAAACAAUGGUUCUUAUGAAGGAUACCGAGUUCAAUUUGAAAUAAAUGUGCAGAAAAUACGAUAUUUCUAUCUUAUGAGACGAUAGUAGAUAACAGUAAAUAUUUUAUUUUAUUAAAUACACGGUUGAAAUCUUGUUAUCAGUAAUUAAUAUUAAUAUUUUCCAUAAAAGCAUUAUUUAGUAAGUAGUUAUAGCUUUAUCACUCAAAAUGUAUGUUUGUUAUACAUUGUGUGUGAAUUGAUUUUGAAUAAGAGUGUCACUUUAAGUUAUUUCAUUUGUAUUGCUUAAUUACCAUUAUUGUUUUCGUGUCUAGAAAUAUAUUAGCAACUGUUUAAUGCCAUACAAUUCCAAUUGCAUUUAUUAUUUGGUGCAAAACUGACAGAAUGUACAAAAAUUGGUGGUGAUUUAUGUCACAAGUAUUGCUGUUUAUUUAGAUAAUAGUAUUGUCUUGGUUUUCUGCGAAUAUGACAUUAUUUUGUUAGUAUUAUUAAGUACUAACUAGCUCCAAUUUCUCGAAGUAACAUGUUUCUGGCUUAAGCUUAAUACAACUUCAUUUAAAUGUAUGAAAACUGGUUUUAAAAUAUUAAAAAAAAUAUCAAAUCAAAUAUAAGGGUCUUACCGUGAUAUUGUUAUAUGGAAAUGUUGUUCGAGAAUAUGGGGCCUGAUGCCUUUGUAACCAUAACUGAUUAACAUGUGUAUUUUGCAGCGAUUCUUGUACUCUAGAUGACAAUUUAUAAUAUCAUUAUAGCUAUGUGUAUAAGGUAACGCCCACUUAGCUACAUAUAAUGGGUAACGCCCACUGAGCUAUUAUAUAUUGGGUAACGCCCACUGAGCUAUUAUAUAUUUGGUAACGCCCACUGAGCUAUAAAUAUUUGGUAACACCCAUUGAGCUAUGUAUAUUAGGUAACGCCCACUGAGUUAUUUAUAUUGGACAACGCCAACUGAGUUAUAUAUAUUGGGCAACGCCCACUGAGUUAUAUAUAUAUAUAUAUAUAUAUAUAUAUUAGGUAAUGCCAACUGCCAAUUUAUAUAUAUAUAUAUAUAUAUUUGGUAACGCCAACUGAGCUAUGAAUAUUGGGUAACGCCCACUGAGCUAUAUAUACUGGGUAACGCCCACUGAGCUAUAUAUAUAUUGGGUAACGCGCACUGAGCUAUAUAUACUGGGUAACGCCCACUGAGCUAUAUAUAUAUUUGGUAACGCUAACUGAGCUAUGUAUACUGGGUAAUGCCCACUGAUCUAUAUAAAAUCUCAAAGUUUUAACGCAUCCAUUGAUUUUAUCAUUAUUUUCUCAAAUCCAUGAACAUUCCAAGUUUUGCCGUAUUAUUUCUGUAACACAUAUUGCAAACUUUAUUUCGAUCAUAAGUGCAACAUGCAGAUGAAUGUUUGGAAUCCGUUACCUUUAAGAUUCUGAUUUAUAUGGCAUUGUACACAUCAUUAUUUUUCAAGAAACAUUAUGAUCUGAGUAGAAAAGAGCCCGUAUAAAAGCUGCAAAGGAAAUUUGUCUAAAAUGAUAAAAAAAAAUGAACGUUCAUAAAUGUCGCUAAAAUUGCUUUUCCUGUAUGACUUAAAAAACAAUAGUUGGUACUAAAAUUUACUGAUAACAUUUUUAUAAGUAUGUGAAAUUGCACUUUCAAACCUCAUUGGUAAUAUUUGUUCUUGUAAAAUUUCUUUGCCUUUUCAUCCAAUGUAUUUGGUCUACAGUAAGGAAGUUGACAUUUUAAAAACUUGUACUCGUGCGCGCUCAACGAGUGUACAUCACAAUUUUUGGGAGCUAUAACAAGCAUUAAACAUAUAUAUCUUAAACAUGUACUUGUUACUUAGUAGAUAUGUAAAGAACUAAGAAAUUUUGCCUAGUUAAUUUUUUUCUAAUAAAAUAAAAUUCAGAGAUAGAAAUGCUACAAGUUAAUUAUUGCAAAUAAUUGGCGAUGUAUUAGGCUCACCAGGCUCACCAGGCUAUAAACUUGUUACAUUAUGGAGCUAUCGGAGAACAGCUUAUUUCAGGGUAGGAUUCCGUAAGUUGUUUGCAUGCCGACAUGUUACUGAUGUUUUUUCUUAGAAAAACUUACAAGCAAUAAAUAAGAUAAACUUGUAUAGUGUGAUAUCACCAUACUUUUGUCUUUUUUUAGUAUUAUAGUCUUUUAUACUUAAUGAAUGUUUGAUAUUAUUACAUGUUCUAUUAAAGUUUUACAUAUCAGUUAAUAACUUAACAACACUUCAUUUAUUUCCAUUUUAAGAAACACAUUACAGCUCUCCUUUGCAUAGACAAUGUAGCAGAUAUAAAUGUAAAUUAUGCACAUCAUGUUAGAAACAAUUAUGAAAUAAUCAGAAUAAAAUUAUAUAUUUUUCA